UGCAAAAACCGACUUCACUAAAGGAAAAUUCCCUUUUAGUCCCUAAAUCAGUUUCCCGCCAUCUCCAAAUUAGGGCUCACUUUCACUACGCUGAUUUUAUUAUCGUCCUCAACCCUCACCUGCCAUUCUCUUAGAAAUCGUCAAAUUUUCCUUCCCUACUCUAUACUGGAAAACAAUUCACCCCAAAAUCUUCUUUUAUCUUAUUGAAAUGGCCAGCCAAGCCGAUGCUCAUGCAGCCACAUUCUCUGCUGCCGAGUUGGAGUUUCUAGCGGAAGAUGAGCUGAUUGAGAUUGUACCAAAUAUGAGGAUGGAUCCUCUCAACCUCAUCUGCGGAGAUUUUGGCCCAUUUAGACCACAAAUAGCUACUCAGGUGCCUGUUUGGUUAGCUGUGGCUUUGAAGAGGAGAGGGAAAUGCACAAUUAGACCUCCUGACUGGAUGUCUGUUGAAAAGUUGACACAAGUUUUGGAAGCAGAGAGAGAUGCUGAAAAGUUUCAGCCAUUACCAUUCCAUUAUGUAGAAAUCUCAAGGCUUCUUUUUGAUCAUGCACGUGAUGACAUUCCUGACAUAUACAUGGUAAGGUCAUUGAUUGAGGACAUCAAAGAUGUGCGGUUUCACAAAAUUGGAACUGGCUUAGAGAUAAUAUCAAGGGAGCGAACAUAUGCAUUGAGGCUGAAAAAUCUGUCAGCAAUGGAAGCAAAUAUAGUGCGGCCAUUUGUGACAAGGGCUCUUCAGACAUUUUAUAAGCUCAGUAGUCCUGAUAUGAUUCAGGAUUCAGACAGCGUGUCAAACAGACAGCCUCAAACGGCCAACCGUGGGCCAAGGCGUCAAUUGAAAGAUAGAUGAUCGUACCCCCAGUGGUAUUUUCAAUUGGCUUAGCAACCACCUCAACAUUUGUUGCUGAAGUAACUACAUUCAGAAUGCUAGCUGGAGGUACUGCUGUGGUUGAGUAAACUACCCAAUGUUGCUGUUGUCGAUCCCUUUUCAUGUUGAAAAAGCAUUGAGAAGUUCACUGAAAGGAAUGUGGCAUUUGUUUGGGUUUCUUAUCUAUAAAAACUGAACACAUAGAUAAACUCAGCGUUGAAGCUUCUGCUCUCUCUUUUUCAAUUAACUAGCGGUCAUCAUUGCUUUUUAUGGCUGUUAGUUUAUUGCGACAUGAGGAAUGGCAUGGAUCAGAUGUUUUGUUGGUCAUAUUGUAAGCAGCUGAAGGCCAUUAGCCUGAAUAAAAAUAACUUAGUUUACGUGUUAUGUUUUAAAUGAUAAGGAGAUGGAGUGUACUUGUUUCUUAUGAUGCUGCAGCACACUCUAUGAA